AUGGCUUCCAUGGGGCUGCAGGUGAUGGGCAUCGCGCUGGCCGUGCUGGGCUGGCUGGGCGCCAUCCUGAGCUGCGCGCUGCCCAUGUGGCGCGUGACGGCCUUCAUCGGCAGCAACAUCGUCACGUCGCAGACCAUCUGGGAGGGCCUGUGGAUGAACUGCGUGGUGCAGAGCACCGGGCAGAUGCAGUGCAAGGUGUACGACUCGCUGCUGGCGCUGCCGCAGGACCUGCAGGCGGCGCGCGCGCUCAUCGUCAUCAGCAUCGUGGUGGCCGUGCUGGGCGUGCUGCUGUCCGUGGUGGGCGGCAAGUGCACCAACUGCGUGGAGGACGAGGGCGCCAAGGCCAAGACCAUGAUCGUGGCGGGCGUGGUGUUCCUGCUGGCCGGCCUGCUGGUGAUGGUGCCCGUGUCCUGGACGGCCCACAACGUCAUCCGCGACUUCUACAACCCGCUGGUGUCGGCGGGCCAGAAGCGGGAGAUGGGCGCCGGCCUGUACAUCGGCUGGGCCGCGUCGGGGCUGCUGCUGCUGGGCGGGGCGCUGCUGUGCUGCAACUGCCCGCCGCGCGCCGACAAGCCCUACUCGGCCAAGUACUCGGCCGCGCGCUCCGGCCCGGCCAGCAACUACGUCUAG